AGAGAAACAUCUGCCUCGGCCGUGGACUAGUCUCGUUCAUAUUGAACGAGGAAACCACAUAACAUCUUUGCUAAUUUUGUGUUCUUCAAUUUCCUUUCGGAUUCUGUUACCAUUUACAUGGUAUCAUAGCCUUCUGUGACCGAGAUGUCUUCUAUUCGAAUCUCGAUGACCCCCAUCUGUCUCUGUUUGUGUUAAGCACAUAGAGUCUGGAACUAUACCUGUGCAAACUUCAAGUCUAUCUUAGUGGCUUGAGUUUGAGGCGAUGUGUUAGCAAAUGGUAUAUGAUCCACGAUUGAAUCUCUCUUAACAACUCGAGUUAUUGGGAAUAAUUUGUUCAUGAAAAUCUCUCGUUCUUCUCCUCUUCGUCUUUGUCCCCCCUUGCUUGAUAGUUCUCUCGAUCCUCCUUCAUUCUCCAAUGAUGAUGAUGUUGCCAUGCCAUAUUUUUACGCCCUCUAGGACCAUGCUGCUACUGCUCCCUCCCCACCAACUCCUCCGUCACCACCACCGACUCCACCACCUCCUCCACCUUCGCCCACAACUCCAGUUUCUCGUCGGUCCAUCCAUUCCAAUCUCAGCCAGCCUCCAUCUAGUUUGCAUGAUUUUGUGACAUAUGACAUUGAUUUUAUCCCCAUACCGGCUCAUUACUCCCAAGCUCGGGGAAACCGCAUUGGGCCGGUGCCAUGUAGGUUGAGAUGGAUACAGUGGAUCGUAAUCAUACUUGGGAUCUUGUCCUUUGUCGUCUUCCUCCAAUUCCUGUGGUAGAUUCUUGGUGGGUUUAUGAUCUUAAGUUUCACACUGAUGGUUCUCUUGAGCAAUGUAGUCAAAAACGCGUUUCUAUGUAGAAGCGUUUUGGUGAUCUAGAAGCGUAAAAUCGUAAGUUUUUAAACUUCAAAACGCAGUUUUUAACUACAAUAGUUAUAAAAAUUGAGAUUAUGCAUAAAAGCGUUUUGGUGAUCUUAAAAGUAAAAGCGUAAGUUUUUAAGUUUCAAAGCGCGAUUUUGACUACAUUGCUCUUGAGAGCUAUAAGGCGCAUGUGGUUGCCCAGGGUUUUACUUAGGAGUAUGGAGUCGAAUUUGAGGAGACAUUUGCUCAUGUUGCCAUGAUGGUUAUCGUUCGUUCGCUUCUAGCUGUUGCAGCUCUCCGUAAUUGGCCUCUUUACCAGCUAGAUGUCAAGAAUGCAUUUCUGCAUGGUGUUUUUAAGGAGACAGUGGACACGGAGUGUCCUCCUAGCUACUUCCAUGGUACUUCUGAACUGGUGUGGAUACAUCGCCAUUCUUUGUAUGGUAUAUAGCAGGCUCUUCAGGCGUGGUUGGGAAAAUUUCAUGCUAUAGUUAUAGAUCUUGGUUUUCAGCAAAGUUUGAAUGAUCCGUCUUUGUUUACUCGUCGCACUGAGCAUGGAUUAGUGGUCUUGUUAUUGUAUGUCAAUGAUAUGGUCGUCACUGGUGACGAUUCCUUGGGUAUUGAUCAUCUUACUCGCGGCCUUCAUGCCGCGUUCAGUCUGGAGAAGCUCGGCUCCUUGUCUUACUUAUUAGGUUUAGAGGUGCAUCGAACUAUGGGUGGUGAUUGUACACCUGUCUCCACUCCUAUGGAACUUAAUUUGAAGUUGGGUCGCGAAUCAAGAGAACUAUUGGAGGAUGGGGUGAAGUAGUAUUGCAGUAUUGUAGGUUGCUUGAUUUAUUUGACUUCUACUCGUCCAGACAUUGCCUAUGUCGUUCAACUUCUGAUUCAUUUUAUGGCAUCUCCCCGCAAAGAUAAUUUGGCCUUGUCCUUCAGGCCUUUUGAGAUUCUGAUUAUGCAGGGUGAGUUGAUACAUAUAGAUCGACAUCAUGACGGUAUGUUCGUCUUUGAGACUCCUUUAUUUCCUAGAGGUGUAAUGUCAGAUGUCACAUCUGAACUGGAAUGGCUUAUACGACUUCUUGGAGAUUUUUUAGUUUAGUGCGAGAAGUCUAUGUAGUUAUACGUGGACAAUACGAGUGCAAUUCGGAUUGCGGUUAAUCCAGUUCUUCAUGAUCGCACAAAGCAUAUUGAGAUGCAUAUUCACCAUAUCCGAGAUCUAGUUCAAGAUAGCACUAUCAGCUUACACUAUGCCUAGUCAGAGGGUCAGAUUGCAGACUACCUGACUAAGGCAUUUUCGUCCAAUCGUUACUCCUAUCUCGCUGGCCAAUUGAUGAUGCGAGACCUCCAACAAUUUGUGGGAGGUUGUUGAGUAAUGUGGGCCUAAGCCCAUAAUAUUAGUGAGCUAGGGUUCUUGGAUGUAGGGUAUAUAUAUACAUGUAGUUGUUUACGUUGGAGUUAAGAGAAUAUGAGAAACAUCUGCUUAGGUCAUGGACUAGUCUCGUUCAUACUGAACGAGGAAACCACGUAAACCUCUAUGUUGAUUUCGUGUUAAUCUGUCUCCUUUUUUAUUCCGUUACGAAUUACAGUCGGUGCCAUUGCACGCCUAUAUCAUAAGGAUGUGAUGAGGCUGCAUUGUUAACAAGUUGUUCCAAGAUCUUGUAAUUCCUAUCCGACAAUAUAUUGCUCACUUUGGACCUAGACUCUUACAAGAGUUUUCCUUGAGGUGCAUAUCAAGAUGAUUUUUCAUAGAGUCACUUGUUUUACAAAAAGAUUGUUUUUAUUGAAACAUAUUAUUUUACCGUUACAAAUUUGUUGAACCACGGGGGUAUGUAUGACAAAAUACCAGUGUUAUUAAAGUCGAGCCGAGCCGCUCGGCCCGACCGGUAAAACCGCCACCCGGUAAUAAAACCGGCUCGAAACAGUCUAAAAGCCGCUCUGGUUUUAUGUAGCGGUUGGCGAGCGGUCGAGGCGGUUAACUGUUCGAGCCGAUUGAUCCGCUGGUCCGGUUUUUGCCAUUCAGCCACUAAAUUUAAUUAAAAAAAUUGCAGAAAAUUGAAAAUUGAAAUAAACAAAAAAACGUAGG